UGUUUAGUCGAAAACAAAACAAUGUAAAUACGGACGGUAGUGGUAGUGUGCUUGCGCUGUGCAUUUCUUUUACUUUUAGUUUUAUUUAAUCUAAAAAGAUGGUUAAUUAUUGCUGUGCAAUUAAUUGUCGAAACAGUAAAACCAACAGACCUGACUUGAAGUUUUUUCGGUUUCCAUUUAAUAAUUCGGAAAGAUCAUGGGAAUGGAUUGUGAACUUAGGAAGAGUGGAUCUCUUGAGCAAAGAUGUGUACGAAUUAUAUACAUCAUAUAUCGUUUGUGCAGAGCAUUUUGAAAGACAUUACUUUUUGAAUGAACGGAGAAGAAAACUUGGGUAUAAUGCUGUGCCAACCAUAUUUAAUCAUUACUCACAUGAUGUGGAUGUUUCAUUCAUACUGGAAAGUUUAAACAGGAUUCAGAACAAGGCUGCAUCAGUAGUUGAGUGUCAGGAACAAAUACCAGAACCAGUACAGUGCAGCCAACAGUCUUCAAAGGAAACCACAUCUCUUGCUGCUAGCUCACAGUGUACUGCACCUAAGUCAUACAAAUGCCAGCAAUGUAAUGAGAUAUUUCUCAGUGUCCAUCAGUUGUUUUCACAUGAGCUCAGAGAUCAUGAACAUGUUGGAAUAUCACAAAUUGGCCAUAAUAAGAAGCCAUUACCAAAGUAUAAUCAGCAUGAGAAAGUUUCCAGUCCCAAAAAUGAUGUGCAUGAGUCCAAGACACAUGAUACAAAUCCACGGACAGAAGCUUGUGACACAAACAAUUCACAACAGCAAGAAGAGGAUCUACAAAUAGAUGCUUCCAAUAUUGGAAUUCAAACUCCUAGCAAGGAAGGAAAAGUACAGAGUCAAGAUGGGACUCAGCAAACACACACUUCCAACAUAGAAGGAAAAUUACAGAGGCAAGAUGGGAAUCAACAAACACACACUUCCAACAUGGAGGGAAAAUCACAAAAGCAGGAUGGGAAUCAACAAAUACACACUUCCAACACAGAAGGAAAAUCAUGUAAGCAAGAUGGGAAUCAACAUACACUCACUUCCAACAUAGAAGGAAAGUCACAGAAACAAGAUGGGAAUCGACAAACAGACACUUCCAGCAUGAAGGGAAGGUCACAGAAGCAAGAUGGGAAUCAACAAAUACACACUUCUAACAUGGAAGGAAAGUCACAGAAGCAAGAUGGGAAUCAAUACACACACACUUCCAACAUAGAAGGAAAGUCACAGAAGCAAGAUGGGAAUCAACAAACACACACUUCCAACAUGGAGGGAAAUUCACAGAAGCAAGAUGGGAAUCAACAGACACACACUUCCAACAUGGAGGGAAAGUCACAGAAGCAAGAUGGGAAUCAACACACACACACUUCUAACAUGGAGGGAAAGUCACAGAAGCAAGAUGGGAUUCUACACACACACACUUCCAACGUGGAAAGAAAAUCACAGAGGGAAGUUGGGAAUGAACAGACACACACUUCCAACAUGGAGGGAAAGUUACAGAAGCAAGAUGGGAAUCAACAGACACACACUUCCGACAUGGAGGGAAAGUCACAGAAGCAAGAUGGGAACCAACAAACACACACUUGCAGCAUGGAAAGAAAAUCACAGAGGCAAGGUGGGAAUCAACAAACAUACACUUCCAACAUGGAUGGAAAGUCGCAGAAGCAAGAUGGGAAUCAACACACACACACUUCUAACAUGGAGGGAAAGUCACAGAAGCAAGAUGGGAUUCAACACACACACACUUCCAACGUGGAAAGAAAAUCACAGAGGCAAGUUGGGAAUGAACAGACACAUACUUCCAGCACAGAAGGAAUCGAAUGUGACCAGAACGCAUGUCUUCAAUAUGAAGAGCCGUUUAUUUCAGAUAACCAGAAUUCUAAAAGUGAACUUCAAUACAAUGACAAAGAGAAUGCAUUCUUACAGCAAGGGAAGGGUCAUUUUGAAUCCAGCUUCUCAGGGGAAGAAACUCCAUCUGAAGUAGUGGACUUAGCUGAACCAAUGACAUCAUCUGAAAGUGAAGUGAUACCUCUACCAUAUAAGUGCUUUACUUGUGAGGAAAGAUUUCAGACAAGAUGCCAGCUGUUUUAUCAUGAUCUUGAAGUCCAUGUUGGAAUUACAAAACCAGCAACUUUGAAGUCCAGGGACAUAUCACUGAAUAGUCCUCAAAAGAAUUUAAAAGAGAAAAUAACUUUGAGUGAGGGUGGUGCGAAGAGAAUAGCAGAGAAUACCCUUGAAGAACAGCAACCAAUGAAAAAAGGGGGAGUGAAGAGAAUAGCAGAGAAUAUUCUUGAAGAACUUCAGCCAAUGAAAGUAAUAAUCACAGAGAAAGAGAAUACUGGAGAGAAAGUAAAUGAGAAACAAGAAAAAUCUGAAUCAAGGCAAGUGUCGUUCAAGAAAGCAGGUGCCGGAAAUAAGUCUGCUCAGAAAUACAUUGUGAAACAGAAUAUAGAACAGGGAGAUGGAAAGAAAAUAAAAAUAAAUACUGAAAGCCUUGAACAGAUAAAAGAGACUAUACAAGCAAUAACCGCAAAGUAUGCACAGAAUAAAACAUUAAGUGACACAGGGGGAGGAAGUGAAGUGCAUGAACAAGAUGCUGAUAUACAACCAAAAACAUUUGUAAUAGUAAAGGAUGAUUCACAGAGGGGGAAAGGAAAUCAGAAGACAACAGGAGGGUACAGAAUUGAUGUUGUCACGAAUUAUGUACUCUCACAAUCACAAGUUAAACAACUGUUGCAGGAAUAAUGGUGAUUGGAACAGAAAUUAACACAAAAUUGUACACCCAUAACACAGAAGAGCAUGGCGCCCAGAAGUGACAUUUCAUGUCAUGUCCAGCUGACACAGAUUCAGUGGAAAUCGGCCGCGUAAGAUUUUGAGAGUCGCUUCUGGUGGAGCACUGGCUGGAAGUAAGUGGAAAUGGUAAAAAAUAAGCACCUCAAGUGCAUUUCAACAGAUCUUGAGAAUGCCACAGUACAGAACUAAGUACACAGUGCUUAUCCUUGUCCAAAAAUUAUAAACGCAUUCAUGCCAUGUAUAGUUAUAAAAAUGUAUAUAAAUAAACAUUUACACAAUUUA